AUGAGUGCCACGGUCUCGGACUACCAGCUUGCUGCAGCUGCAGCAGGCUUCACCUUGGGCUUUGGAUUUUUGACAGUAUGGGAGGCAAUCAAGCAGACAAGGCGUAAUCGAAAUCCUUUGAGGAGUGUCUACAUCUACAUGGUGUGGGGAGAGAUUAUGGCCAACUUGGUUAUUGGUAUCAUAGGAUGGCUCUUCCUGAAUGGAACACUUGGUCCAACUGUACCAGUGUUGUUCUUCAUUUUGGUCUUCUGGGUGCUACAGAUUCAGCUUCUCAUGCAGAUUAUCAUCAAUCGGAUAGCCCUUAUCGCCGAACAUCGAAGCACCAUUCGAAACAUCAAAUGGGGCACUGUGGUUAUUAUCACGCUGAUCAACAUCGCUGUCUUCUGCAUCUGGAUUCCCGCACAUACUGUGCCUCCGGCGGCUGACAUUUUCGUUAAAAUCAAUAACAUCUGGGACAAGAUCUCCAAAGUUCUGAUUUUGAUCGUCGAUGCCGUGCUCAACUACUACUUCCUUCGCACUGUCAAGAUCAGACUUGUCGACCAACACGGCUUGAAGAAAUACCAACCGCUGGUCGGUUUCAACGCCAAACUAAUGAUCGUUUCCAUUUUGAUGGAUGGCCUUCUCAUCGGACUCAUGUUCCUCCCCAAUCAAGUCGUGUACAUUCAGUUCCAUCCCGUCGUUUACAUGGUCAAACUGAACAUCGAAAUGUCCAUGGCCAGCUUGGUCGUCCGACUCGCAAGUGGUAAAACGGAAAACGACAUGUAUCCUGAAGCACACAGCUCUUCGCAUCCAGGCCAUUCGCACACCGAUCCCCACUCACGCAAUAAGCAGACCGGUACGGGUACCGGCCACCUCCAGUCUUUCCAGAUGAAGUCGAUGAACGGCAACGGCAACAAGCGCACAAGCAACGAAAGUGACGAGUCUUUGGGUGUUAUUGAAUGCCGCACCGACCUGAAGAUCGUAGUGGAGGAUGUGGGCUCCAAGGACGGGCACGACAACGCUGAGGGCAGUUCACGAAGUUCCCAGGAAGCACCGUACUCCAUGUUCGGCGAUGAAACACCUCUUCAUAAGGACAAUAUAAGGGUCACUGAGAAGAGGAUGAUUUAA